GUCAGAAACUUUUUCAGUCCCGCUAUGCCUGCUGUCCGAAAAGCCUCGGGCAAGUCCCGCCACGAUCCACUGCUCGUCCAACUCGCAGACGAUGAUAUUGAGGCACGCUAUGGUCGCGUUUCCCAGCCUGGAAAACGGAAAAAAUCCAAAGACACCGAGCAAGACGAUGAGGUCAUAUUAGACCCCAAAACUUCCAAACGCAUUUUCGAGCUUGCCCGAGAUCAGCAAGAUGAGCUUGGGCUUGAAGACAUUGACGACGAUGAAGAGAUCAACACGCGUGCUGCCUCACUACAAAAACCACGCCCCAACGAAAAUGACAGCGACGAGGACUCUGAACUGGAAGACCUUGAGGAUCAGGAUGUAGAAGAAAUAUUUGAAAUUGACGAAGGAGAUCUUGAAACGCUUGAUGCUCUCCAUCCACACAAUGCUGGCGAGCGCCGAACUCUCGCUGACAUAAUAUUCGCCAAACUGGACGGCGGAGAAACGCCAAACGCCGCUGUAAUACAGAAUGUGCAGCAAGACAGAGAUAGACCCGACCCAGCCCUCGGGCUUGAUCCAAAAGUUGUAGAAGCAUAUGAAAAAUUAGGCAUGUUCCUACGCAAAUAUAAAUCAGGGCCGCUUCCCAAGAUCUUCAAAGUCAUACCUACCCUGCCUGCGUGGGCGCGGCUUCUUGCUCUUACUCAGCCCGAGAACUGGUCACCACAUGCUUGUCUAGCUGCGACACGAACAUUCAUCUCGAGCAUGAAACCGCCCCAAGCUCAACUCUUCCUCAGCGUUGUCCUUCUUGACGCGAUCCGAGAAGACAUCAGCCAAAACAAGAAGCUCAAUGUCCACUACUACGAUGCGCUCCGUCGCGCGCUUUACAAGCCUGGCGCAUUUUUCAAGGGAAUCAUCUUCCCCAUGCUCGAUCAAGGCUGCUCACUCAAAGAAGCCGCCAUUGUAGCCUCUGUACUAGCUCGCACAAAAAUCCCUGUCCUUCAUUCCUCAGCUGCCAUGCUACGCAUUGCUGAGAUGGACUACUCUGGCCCCAACUCGCUCUUCUUGCGAGUGUUGAUCGACAAAAAGUAUGAGCUGCCCUACAAAGUUGUUGACGCUUUAGUGUUCCAUUUCAUCCGGCUCUCCAACACGUACAAGGCCAAGACUCGCGGCGACUCUGAGAAGCUUCCUGUCCUAUGGCACCAAAGCUUGCUAGUCUUUGCCCAACGCUAUGCAUCUGACCUUACGCCCGACCAAAAGGAUGCACUUUUAGAUGUUGUCCGUGCCACACCCCAUGCACAGAUUGGGCCCGAGAUACGGCGGGAGCUGGUCAAUUCUGUAGUUCGCGGCGCACCAAGGGAAGACAUGGAUGUGGAUAUGACGUAG